AUGGGCUUCACCCCGCCAACUGAAGAGGUCGCGUUGGCCAAUUUGGUCUUCUUUGGGAUCACAAUACUUCCUGUUUGUUACUGCUUUUAUAUGCAUAGGCUGAAUGGUAUCGGUCCUUGGCUUAAUGGAUUAAUAUGGAACACACUACGACUUGCUGGUAAUGGCAUUGCAUAUAAAGCACUCGUGACAACGGGAUUGCCAAAUAUUAUCACUCCUCUCGUCCUAGAUGGGUGCGGUCUUUCGCCAUUUGUGAUUAUGUGCUUGGCUUUUAUGAAGGAAUGCAAUGUUUCUAUCCUCAAAGAUCUUCCAUGGUGGGUCGGUCACUGGGGCUUGCUGAUUGCCCAUGUAUUAUUGAUUGUUGGUCAUGCCGUUGGCAUGGCAGGUCUCGCACGGCCUAUCCUCUUGAAGGCCGGCUUUAUCGUUUGGAUCAGUGGGUGGCUUUACACAGGCUUGAUGUUGGGAGGAAGCUGGUUCUCAGCCGCCAGUAAGCGAAGGCUUCCUGGUGAACAAAUAUUAUUGUAUGCUGCCACCAUCGCUUGGCCUCUAGUUGGAGUCCGUCUUAUCUAUGUCACCUAUGACGGCUACACAUAUGGCUUUUACGACCAGGGCAGUAUUAGCGUUCAAGCCGUCUGUGGACUGCUUCCAGAGUUUCUGUGCAUGACUAUCUAUCUGAUCGCUGGUAUCUGGACGCGGCAUUUGUCUCUUGAUCAUCAGAGGCUGCGUCGGGAGGCGAGAGCAGCCAAGAAGCAGGGUAAAGAUUUUCGGGAUAAUAGAAACGGGUCUGCCUCGUCAAGCACCGGGCCUUUGGACAAAUACUCAUCCCGCCCUGGCUCCGGAGAUCUCCAAAAACCUGCAGUUGUUGAAAGUGUGACAAGAACAGUUGAAGUAUAA